UGCGACUAUGUUUCUGUUAAAAGAUCUAAAUUGGUUUUGAAAUACAAAUAAAAGAAAAUUCAGGAAUGGGAUUCAAAAUUAUAUUAACGGAAGUGGGAGUAAAAGCUUGCACACUUAAAUUAGACUACCUAAAGACCAUUCAAGCCAUUCUGAAGUUCAUUGAAAUGAUAAUUGCCAUUGUUAUUAUUUCUACCGUUGCUUACUACUUGAAUAACGACAAUAGAGUGUCUGGUGAUCUACUGUUUGUGUUGUUUAUUGUCAAUUUCUUCAUUUGUAUUUUUUGCUUGUUUAUAUCGGAAUGGAUGGUGUCGAGUGCUGUUGAAUCGAAUUCCAAGUCAAUGUUCGAAAUUGUCUUUUGCGUCGUUUCGGGAAUACUGGUAGUCGCAUCAUCGAUAAAUUUAUUUGCAAAUAAUGUUGUUGAACGCGACCAAUCUGAACAUGGUAUUUACCCGGCGUACGCAACAAUGACUGUUCUGGGGAUUUUACUGACUGUUUUAUAUUCGAUCGAUAUCACCAUCAAUUUAUGUUCAAAUUGUUUUCGAAAGACCGAAAAGAAAACUCAAGAGGAAAGUUUAAAUUAAAAGACGUUU